AAAGUUAAAAACCCUGUCAUUUACCUUCGUGGUUCUUUGCGUGUCUGAAAAUCUCAUUUCUAGCAUGUACCCCCCUGCAAGGACCCUGUGAUGUCAAACCAUCAGGUGGAGGGAGAAGCUUGCUGCCCUCUGAAGCAUGCCAAGGGGCUGGGAGACACAAGAGUGACUCAAAUCUGAGCAGCGAGAAGAGUGCACCCACCCCUGUAAUGAAAAGGAGAUUGAUGUCCCUUGGAUCAACACCAGGUAAUGGGACUGUGAAGACCAAAAAAGAUCUUACGCUUAUGAGGGAGAAAAAGAAACAGAAGGCACUGGAGAAGGAGAUUCGGGCAUUAGUGAGAGAGCGUGGAGAGCAGGAUAAAAAACUUCAGGCUCUGGAUGAGGAUUUUGUGAAGAUUGAAGCAAAGCUGAGUGCUGCAGUUCAGGAGAAAACAUCUCUUUCAGCAACUGUUGCAUCCCUAAAAAGGCAACUUCUGGAAUUAAAAAGAAGCAAUGAACUACUGAAGUCAAAGCUGUCUGAAGAUGGUGUGCCAAAGAAAAUGAGCAGCCUGUGCAUGGAGUUAAUGAAGCUCAGAAACAUGAGGGAUGCUAAGGAGAAGUCUGCACUUGCAAAGCAGGAAAACAUGGAAAUGAAGCUGCAGGAAGUGCAAAGGAAUCUAGAGCAUUCAAAAGGAAAAGUAGCACAGUUAGAAGAAAAACUGUCUGCUACUGAGAGAGAGAAAGUUGAAGAGAAGUCUGACACUGAAAAACUCCUGGAAUACAUCACAGAGCUCAGUAGUGUUGCAGAAACAGCUGAGAAAUACAAACUAGAUAUUGCUCAGAUGAAGGAGACACUGAUUAAGAAAGACCAAGAUAUCGAGAGCCUGAGGGAAAUCCUCAAAACAAAAGAGGAAUCAUGUAAAGUGAUGAAAGAACUUAAUGAAACGUCUCAGUUCCUUCAACAAGAAAAAGAGAAGGAGUUGUCUGAGACCAGAGGAAAGUUCCUGAGUAUGAAUGCUGAAAUAGAAGACCUGAAAAAAAAAAUUGCCUUGAAGGAAGAACAACACCAAAAACUGCUUCAGAAACAUGAGGAGGUUGUCUCUCAGCUGCAGCAAGAGAAGGAGUCAUCUGCAUCAACACAACAGAAGUUAUUGGAGUUGCAGGAUGAGGUAACAAGGGAGAGACUUCUUAUUGAAGAAGAGCUGAAUGAUACCAUGAAUGAACUGAAUAAAUUACAUGCAAAGGAGAAGAAAGCUGAAAAACUGGUGAAGCAAUUGGAACAAGAAAACAAAUCUCAAGGUCUUGAACUUGCACAGAUGGAAAAAAAGUUGAAAAGGAAGAAUGCUGAGUUGGAGCAAAUCAAUGCAAUUCAUAGGAGUGCUAUAUUGCAAAUCCAAGAAGAGCACAGGAAUGCGCUGCAGAAACUUGGAGAGACUGUUGCUGACUUUGAAAGCUACAAGAAGACAACAGCUGAAGAAAUACGCUGUCUUAAACUGGAGAAUACCUCUCUGCAAGAAGCAGUUGCCGACCUAAAAAAAGUAGGCCAAGAGAAUCUGCAGUUGCUUCAGGAAGCAGAAUACGCUAAAAACAAAGCAAAAGAAGAAUGUGCAAGGAUGCUUUUAGAAGCCCAGACCAAGCUUGCACUAAAAGAAGCAGAAACAGAGAGAACAAAAGAGUCUUGUCUUGCGCAAAUCACUAAACUUGAGGAAAAACUGGAAGAGCAAACUGAAGAACUGAAAAGGGAACUUGAAGCAGAAAGGUCAAGGAACUCCAUAAAUGAAGAUAAGAUCUCAAGCUUAAAAAAAGAGAUCGAGACCUGGUAUAAUCUAUAUGAAGACUUGUAUAACAAAACUAAGCCUUUUCAGCAACAACUCAAUGCAUUUGAAGCAGAGAAGAAUGCAAUCCUACAGGAGCAUGGUGCAGCUCAGGAAGAACUGAAUAAACUAAGUGAUGCCUAUGCUAAACUACUUGGCCACCAGAACCAGAAGCAAAAAAUCAAGCAUGUUAUGAAGCUGAAGGAAGAGAAUAACCACCUGAAGCAGGAUAUCUCCAAACUGCGUGCGCUGCUAUCCAAGGAAAAGGAGACCAACAGACACCUUCAGGAGCAGCUGUGCACAGUCCAGGGCACCAAGCACUUGGAUCCUUCCAAAGCUUUCCAGUAUGAUAGCAAGGAGAAUAUUCCUCCAAAAACCCCUCUUAAAGAAGGUAAUAAAAACAAAAUUUAAUGCCUUCUUGGUAUUAAGAAAA